GAGGUCAAGCUAUUUUUGUUAUAAAGUUUAUCAUAAACGUAUAACUUAUUAACGAAAAAUUAGAACACAUAUUCGACUUUAAAUUUUUAUUCUAGGAGGAGGCUAUAUUAUCUGUAAACAGCAUGUUAAUACGAAAAAAGGGUGACGUAAUAUUAAUUUUAAUCUUUUUGCAACUUCUGUACAUUUUCUAUUUACUGACGGAGGGAAAUAUUAUUUAUAAGAAAAAGAGUGUUCUGCGAUCAACGAUUGCUUUAAAGACAGAUAAUUGCCGAAAACCUCACGACAUGACAAAUUUUACAGUUUGCCGCACUCUGCCGUUCACAAAAGUUAUUUGUGAAGAUCCACUUAUUCCUCGCGAUUACGACGAAUUCGGGAUCCAUUUUAAAGUUCCUAACAGUGUACAUGUUAUUUGGUUUGGAGAAGGUCUUAAAUUUACAUUCUACAACUACUUGGCGCUGAGGUCUAUGGCAAGCUUACAACGUCCUAAACGUAUAGUGUUUCAUUACAGCAUAGAAAAGCCGUCAGGUCCUCAUUGGGAAAGGGCAGUAAGGGAGAUCCCGUGCCUCGCGUUUAAAAAAACCGACGAACCAACAUCAGUUUUGGGUAUUCAGCUUGAUCAACCUAUUGCACGAACCGACGCAGCCAGAAUAGAAAUAUUAAUAAAGUACGGAGGAAUAUAUAUAGACCUCGACGUUAUUACGUUAAAAAAUUUCGAUGAACUUCGAAAGUAUCCAGUUACAAUGGGAAGAUCCGUGGAAGUCGCAUUCAGCAUGGGCAUUCUACUUGCGGAAAAGAAUUCAUUGUUACUACGAGAAUUCUAUAAAGAAUAUCCAAAUCAUUUUGGAGACAAUAUUUAUCAACAUUUCACAACGAGAUACAUCAAGAAGUUUUACCUAAACAGACCGGAGGUGACCAAUAUAUGAUUCGUUCGAAAUCUAGUAAAAAUUCGUUUGCAAAUUACCUAAAAAUGUGCAAACCCUUUUACUUUGUCUCUUCACAAAUCGCACAUACAGUGUACAAAUCGUUAAAUAA